AUCCACGCGCCAGCCUUUUCAGCUGAGUCCACGAUCAGGUCACGGCCAGCGCUGUUCUCCUCCUGACACCCCCAAACACAAUCCAACAAAAUGAUCAUCUAUAAGGACAUCAUCACCGGGGAUGAGAUGUUCUCCGACAUCUACAAAAUCAAAGAGUCUGAGAAUGGAAUGAUGAUUGAAGUUGAGGGGAAGAUGAUCAGCAGGUCGGAGGGAGACAUAGAUGAUGCGCUGAUUGGUGGCAAUGCAUCAGCGGAAGUUCAGGAUGAAGGCUGUGAUUCUUCCACUGUCAGCGGUGUAGAUAUUGUCCUCAACCACAAACUUCAGGAGACCUCCUAUGACAAGAAGUCUUACACAGCCUACAUCAAGGACUACAUGAAGGCAGUGAAAGCCAAGCUACAGGAAGUUUCACCUGACAGGGUAGACCCCUUCAUGGCUAACGCACCAGCUGAGGUCAAGAAAAUUCUAGGCAACAUCAAAAACUAUCAGGUGGGAUUCAGUAAUGGCUGAUACUGUCAUUGUGCC